CGUCAGCAAGGUAGCGCACACUCACAGCUCCUUUCCGGUGUAGGCUACUGCAGCGCGCUCGAGUUCCUGGUUGAUAUUCCCUUCCGUCUACUAUGUCCUCCAGAGGCAAAGGCGAGGGGUGUCGGGUGUGUGGGGGUGACCUGCAGGGUAACCAACGGCGAUGGCUCUUUGGGGGUCAGAACAAAAAAGAUGGUCAGCCUCAGACCCCAUCAGACUCACUGGGCAGAGGAAAUCUCUCCAGGUCUUCUCAAAGCAGCCCCUGGGGUAGCACCAUGUCCCUUGGCUCCACAACGUCUCUCUCGUCCCUGUCCUCACCCGCUAAAGCAAUGGAUCUUCUCUCUGUACUGACACACAUACUAGGCCGGUCCGUACCACGGGGCAGUGGGCGGGGGGAGUUCUUGUGUGGCAAAUGCGUUUCAGUUCUAGAGCGGGUUUUCAAGUUUGACUCAGUAAUUUCCAGAGUGAGGGUCUUAUCCUCUGAGAGGCUUCAGAAGUUGACCCAGGAGAGGGACAAGGUCAGGCAGUGGGUACGCAGCGCUUACCGCCAGCGACACCCUCAGGAUUUCAGGAUGAGGAGCAGCACUAGUGAGGAGGAUGGGGAUGGAAUGGGAGACAAAGAUGGCUACAUGGAAAUGUUGAAAGAGAACAUGGCCCUGUCAGAGUAUGAGUGCUGGUCUGAGAAAUGGGACGCAUGUCCAUACUUCAGGAGAACGGGGAAAAGAUGCUCAAAGGGGAAAAAUUGUGAGGGAUGUGAUUCUUUGAGGGUGUCCGACUCCGCUUAUGAGUCCGUUUGUGGGGUUCCUCGCCGCCUGCCCUUCCAACCCUUUUCCCCCUUGGCCCUAUCGCGGGACAAGUCGCAGAGCAUGCCCCUUCAUUGGUCGAGAGUGCCGUCGCUCAGCUCUAGCCCAGCGUCAUUGGCUGGAUCCACUCUCUCCUUAAGAGGGUCCUCUCGCACUGAGUCCAUCCAAUCACUGGACUCGUUGGGUUGCCGUGAUCCAUUUGAUUUUCCAGAUGAUUUGUCACUCCUGGUCCUCAGAGAGUUGAAAGGUAUUGAAGGAAAGCCUGUCAGUUCACCACCAGGGAGUAAGAUUCCCGUUUUGGGAAAGAGGGAAGGGCGAUAUUUAGGAGAGGUAGGUGAGACAUCCUCCCCUGAGGUAACAAGGGUGCUGAAUUUUGGAGAGCGGGAGAAUGGAGGAGAGGAAGUGGAUGGAGAGACCAAUGAUGUUCUGACUGAAUUGAGGGAUGAGUUUAUUCCACUACACAGAGAGAGCACUUCAGGUCGAGUGCACCUUGCAGUCAGGCAGUUGCGAGGACAGCUUGAUCAAGCUAUGGCACGCAUCAAGACCCUAGAAACUGAGCUUGAACACGGGACCAAAACCAAACCAGAUACUAAUGUCAAUGGACCAGAGGAUUGGCUUAAGUUGCCACAGAAGGACGGGGGAAACUUCCUACUGCAUAGUUUGGGGCAUUCGCUGCACAGCAGAGACCGAGUUAUACAGGAGUGCAUGGGUCUGAUCAGGAUGAUGUCUGUGGAGGUGGGGACAGGGACAGACGUGGCUGACCGACUGACACAGGCACUCACUGACAAUCUGAAACAAACUCUCUCCGACAAUAAGCAAGCUCUGGAGACUCUGCGCUCUGAGAUGAGUGAGAAGAAGAGGAUGGAGAGUGAGCUGGAGGCACUGAAGAAGGCUGGGAGAGACCGGGAGAAAGACCUCUACACACUCAACACUGUGCUCCAAUGUAACCAGGACAUCAUCAAUGAGCUGAGAGUGGAGCUGGUCGAGAAGGAGCGAGUGCAGCGGGAGGUGCAGAAGGAGAGGGAAGUGUGGCGACAGCGGGACCAGGCCCUCACAGCAUUGCUAGAGGAGAAAGAGUCACUUCUCCUCUGCCUGAAGGAGGCGCUAGAGAGCUCUCAGAAAGACAUGCAGGCACUGUCGGACUCUGUGAUUAGCCAGGGGGUGUCAGGAGGCGGUGCUGAGGGGAGCUCUGGCCUCUCAGCUGAAGGAGAAGGAGAGCCUGGUGAGAGCCUGGCUACAGGACAGAGAGGAGCACAGCGCCACCAUGUGCCGGGAGGUCUCGAAGCUCACCGCCGCCCUGCAGGACUAUCAGGGCAUGGUGCAGGAGCAACAGCAGAAUCAUAGUCAGACGGUGUCUUCACUGUCAGAGCAACUCAACGACACACGCAACGACCUGAGGGAGAGGGGGAAGGAGAACAUGGAGGCACAGCGAGCCUGGCGGAGCGAAAAGGAGGAAAAAGAGAGGGAGGAGAGGAAAUUGAGGAAGAGCCUGGAGAAGA